GUGUGCAAAUGAGGAGGAGAGUGUGUGUGCAUGUGUGUGAGAGCGGACGAAUCAGGGAGGGCUAGAGGGAGAGUUGCAGGGGGGGUGGGGGGAUUGUGCGAGUGUGAAGGAGACAGGAGAGGAAAUCCAGGCAAGAGGAGGAAGGGGACAUAAAGGGAGGAAGGAAAAGGGGGGAAAGGAGGAAAAAGACAAGACAAGGGGACCCAGAUUAAGAGGGAAGAUGGCUGAGCCGGAGCUGAAAUCACGGAGCAGCCGGGAGAGCGUUGCCAAGGCGGCGAGCCAGGAGAAGAUGGAGGCAGCUGAGGCAGACCAAGAUGGUCUGAUAGUAGAGCAGCCGGCAUCUCCAUCCACCCCCAUGGUCUCCGCACCCACUGACACUAGCCCCACUGCUGGCACACCCGCCAAAGGGGAGAAAAUCGAGCUCAAACGCAGCAUCACCCUCUUCAACGGGGUGGGAAUGAUCAUAGGCACCAUCAUCGGCUCUGGCAUUUUCGUCACCCCAACAGGUGUGGUCAAAGAGACCGGCUCAGCUGGGCUCUCCCUGAUCGUCUGGUCUGCCUGUGGAGUGAUCUCCACCAUGGGCGCCCUGUGCUAUGCUGAGCUGGGCACGACCAUCACCAAGUCGGGGGGAGACUACACUUACAUCCUGGAGGUGUACGGCGAACUGGCGGCUUUUCUAAAGCUGUGGGUAGAGAUGCUCAUCAUCCGGCCGUCAUCGCAGUAUGUGGUGUCGCUGGUGUUCGCUACCUACCUUCUGAAACCUCUCUACCCAAACUGCAGCGUGCCCGACAGCGCCGCCAAGCUCAUUGCCUGCUUGUGUCUUACCUCCCUGACGUUUGUAAACUGCAUCAGUGUGAGAGCAGCCACGAAAGUGCAAGACUUGUUCACGGCCUCCAAAUUGUUCGCCCUGGUCAUCAUCAUCCUCUUUGGCUUCAUCCAGAUUUCCACAGGUGAUGUGCCGUACCUGACGCCAGAGAAGGCAUUUGAAGGCAGUAAAAUGGGAGUGGACAAUAUCGUCUUGGCUCUGUACAGUGGUCUCUUUGCUUUUGGAGGCUGGAAUUACCUGAAUUAUGUGACGGAGGAGAUGAUCAAUCCAGAGAGGAACCUGCCCUUGUCCAUCAUCAUAUCCAUGCCUAUAGUGACAGUGGUGUACGUUUUGACCAACCUGGCCUACUUCACCACCAUCUCCCCUGAAGUCAUGGUCGAGUCGGAGGCCGUUGCCGUGAGUUUUGGGGAGUAUCAUCUGGGUGUGAUGUCCUGGCUGAUUCCUGUCUUUGUGGGACUGUCCUGCUUUGGAGCCGUCAAUGGAUCCCUGUUCACCUCAGCACGAUUGUUCUAUGCUGGAGCUCGAGAGGGUCAACUCCCUGCUGCUCUGGGUUUGGUCCACACAGACCUCUUCACACCGGUGCCAUCCCUCAUCUUCACAUGUUUACUGUCCAUGAUGUACGCCAUCUCUCAGGACAUCUUCUCUGUCAUCAAUCUCUUCAGCUUCUUCACCUGGCUGUGUGUUGGCAUGGCCAUUGCUGGCAUGCUCUGGCUGCGCUUUACCAAGCCCGACCUCAGAAGGCCAAUCAAGGUGUAUCUGUUCAUCCCUGUGACUUUUGUUUUGGGCUGCGUCUUCAUGAUCGUGGUGUCCUUCUGGGCAGCUCCGUUUGAGUGCCUGGUCGGCUGCAGCAUUAUUCUCACAGGCAUCCCGGCGUACCUACUGGGCUACAAGUGGAAGAAACCCCAUGUGGUCAAGAAGAUGCUGGAAAUCUUCACCAUGUUCUGUCAGAAGAUCUUCUUGUCUGUCCCAGAGGAGAAGGAUCGGCGUGAGGCGGCUGAAUAACGCUGGACUCACACAACAAGAUGAAGGACUGUGUCAAUAUUUUCCGUCUGAACAUUCUCGAUAUGUUUACAUUCAUUCACUUGUGAUUUGGCACUUUGUGAUUUGGCUUUAACUAACAUGGUAACUGUGGAACAAAUUGGUGUUGACGAGGGCGGCCUGGCAAUCUUGGUAAAGAAGGGUUUUUGUAUGCUCUUGUGGACAAAGGCGUAAUUUGUGAACACUACAAAAUGUUUCAAAUUUGAAAAUCGUAGUCGGGUUUUGACAUUUUCCACUGCUUUUAUUCUUUAUUUGACAAUUACAUUUCCUUUAAUAGUAGAACAUGCUUUCAAGUGAGUAAAUGGAAAGUCUUAAAAUGUGAGUAGGGGAGAACGGGGUUGGUUGUCACAUUCAUUAGAGCUCGCUCCUUAGAGGGUGUUGUUAAAAAUGAUUGGUAUGCCUACUGAAAUUUUCUGAAUUGGGGUCAAAGGUCACCUACAGGGUCACUUCAGGAGCAAUGCACAUGCCAUGGAGGUGAGAGGACUUUAGGGUUCAUAAUAACACAAUUAUUAUGAUUAAAAAGUACAAAGGGAGAGGUAUAGAUGGGUUUUUCUUAGCUAGGCUACAACAUAUGGUUGUUAGCUUAGUCGCUAGCAAACAACCUCAGUUUGGGAGGCUUGUCACAUUCUUACUGGGGUUGGCUGUCACAUGUAUUGUUCUUUAUAUUGUUCCAUAAGGAUGAAACAGGCACUUUUAGAGAUGAUUUUUCCUGUUAAUGUUCUUUCGUUGCAGGAAAUUUGUUAGGUUGUUGCAUUUCAAUGAAAAAAAAUCAAUGAAUUUCAGCUUUUUAAAUUCAUAAAAUUAAGAUUGCCUCCAUUUUUUUCCUUGUUAAAAUAGUAUAUGGACGACCAAACCAACCAUGGUGUAUGACAACGAGCCCCACACUGGAGAUGGUUGUCAGAAGUGCACAAGACGUAUUUGACAGUUGUUUUGAACAGAAUAAGCUUAAAGAGAGUAAGCAAACUCCAUUUCUACCUGACACCUUAUUCUUCGAUUACACAUUAAAAGGGACUUCAAUAAGAACACAGUCUUAAAGGGAUUCAAAUGAAACUAAAAAGCAUGACAACAAACCCCAUUCUCCCCAAAUUGUUGCGGAUACAUAAUUAACUGUGUGAUACCAACACAAUGUUAGAAGCUGCAUACGACACCCUCUAGUGGCCUAAAAUACACACUUUUUUUUUAAUACUUAAAGUGUACAAAUGAGUAGCUUAGCGAGACAAGAUUAACUCUAACAACCAAACUAUACAUAGAUUAUUUAUAGGUUACAGUUUUAUAGAAAAUGAAAGCUAAUAACUUACAGUUAAUGAUGUAUGGACUAAUCUUAGGUGACCACAGACCUCACAUACUGUAAGAAACAAUCACUGACAGUGUACAGUGUAUAAAUACGGUCAGGGUUGGAAGAGGAAAUGGUUAACUAGUCUAGCAUAACACUGAUUACAUCAUACUCACACGUUACUAAUAUUUGUGUUGAAUAUAUGUUGUUUUUUUGUAUUCAUUUGUAAAAUGGAUCCACAGCGCUAUCUGAAAGCACAAGCUAAAGUGAGAUAAAACAGUGUCUGUCAUGUUUACUGAAGAUGUGUCGCUGUGAAGCAGUUUCUUGUGUCAUUUUAAUCUCACGUCAAACCAUGUCAGAGUCAGCGUUCCAUGUGUGAUGAUAUUUAAUGAAAUGGCAGUGGAUACCAGCAGCUGUAUCUGAGGCAUUAUUGUAAGAAACUGAAGACCUGCAUAGAUGUCCUUCUGGUUGUAUUUAGACAACUCCAUCCUAGUGUUAGUGUUUUGUACUGCUUGUAUAUCUAUAAUCUGUGCCAGCCAUGCCAGUGCUGAUAUUCCAGCUGUUUUUUGUUUUAUUGUCACUAUAAGACCAGAAUGAAUGUUGCUGUUCAGUGACAUAAACUUUGCUUUAUGAUUUUACCUAUAAAAUCUUUGAAACUGAA